AUGAAUACUCGCCUUGAGAUGGUUUAUCUUACAAAUGUGUUGCUUUACAUUCAGCAAGAAACAACACUUCGUUAUUUUCGUCAAGUUAACAAGAAGGCACAAGACGCAAUCCGAUGUUUAAAAAUAAACCCACGUUCUAUUUAUUAUAGUUACGAUUUUCUUUUUAAUUUCUUUCCACAUCUUAACACUCUAACUGGCAACCUGGAAACUUUACAACAUUCCCUGACAAAAAUUCAAUUGGACCAAAUUACGUGGAUAGACUGCUCAAACACGCUUACUUUACCAGAAGCAUAUUCUCUAAAUAUUUUAAAUAAAAUCAUAACCAUUUUAGUGAACAUAGAAAGUUUGCAAUUUAUUUCUCAAAAGUGUAGAAAUGUUAGGAAGGUCGUUAUUAAUACAGACGACGACUUAACUAUCCCGGAUGUGAAGUUUUUCAGACUUCAAAAAUUCAUAGUGAAAAAUUGCACAGACAAAAAGUUGGAGUUAAACAUUUUGCAAUUUGCAGCAACAAACCCAGAAGUGUUUAUCGGUAUGCUUAAUUAUAACAAUGACGACAUAGACAUCGCAGACUGUUUAAAUACAAGAUUUAAAAUAAUUCAACAUGUAGCAAAUUCAGAAGAAGAAUUAAAAAUAAACACAGUGUUCACAGAUGUGAAAAAAGCUUUAGAUAUAAGCCCAAUUACUAUCAAAAAACUUGAUUUAAACACUUUAAACCCCGAGAAAAUGUAUAAAUUAAAAUACCUCAAAGCUACUCCUACUAAACCUCCAACAAAAAUUUCACUUAAAAUUGAAGACAACACAGCGAAAGUGAUCGAUUUUUCAAAGUACACGAGUGUUGAUAAUAUUAAACUCCUCUUUGAGAAGUCGGUCGCAGUGUCACUUGUUCUUCCAGUGAUGUCAAAUCCAUAUUUACAUGAAUUAAAAGUUCUCAACGUUAUGUCAAAAUCUGAUAACCCAAUUGACUUUGUUGGAUGCAACGGCUGUGAAAAUUUGACAGUGAUUCACAUCGAGUGUAAUAUCAAACGAAUUGUCAUAAAUACACACAAAAAGGUUCAUUUGGUUUUGAUAAAUACAUCAAAAAGUAGAGCAAGUUUGUAUUUCCAAAUUGCGCCAAACUGUAAGUACUGUGCUAUAAAAGGCAAUUUUGAUUUGGAAAACAUCUCUUUCAAUAACACGGGGAUGGACUCUUUGUUCGAAUUUAAUGGGUGGGAAUCUUUACAAAAAGUCAAAUUUUACAUAGGAAAUGAUGUUAAAAGGUAUCAGGCAAGAGUUGCCGCGAAAAGAAUAUGUGAUAUAUUGGGAAGGAUAAUUAACAUCGAAUUUUGUGGAAAAGAAAAUACUAUUAACAUAUAG